AUGCUGGCGGCGGCCGCUCGCCCCUUUUGGGGGCCGUGUCUCAGACGUCAGGGCGCUGCGCUCCGUCUCGCCAGGCAACAGGUGCCCCGUGUCUGCGCUGUGCGGCUGAUGAGAUGCAGCAGCCCUCGAAUGGGGGAGGCCCUCGCCGGCGCACCCCUGGAUAACGCCCCCAAGGAGUAUCCCCCCAAGAUCCAGCAGCUGGUCCAGGACAUCGCCAGCCUCACGCUCUUGGAGAUCUCAGAUCUCAACGAGCUUCUGAAGAAAACCCUGAAGAUCCAGGAUGUUGGACUCAUGCCAAUGGGUGGCACAGUGCCUGGUGCUGCCCCUGCUGCAGCAGCCCCAGAGGAGGCAGAAGAAGACAUCCCCAGACAGAAAGAGCGGACGCAUUUCACCGUCCGCCUGACAGAGGCAAAGCCUGUGGACAAAGUGAGGCUGAUCAAAGAAAUCAAGAACUACAUCCAGGGCAUAAACCUCGUCCAGGCAAAGAAGCUGGUGGAGUCCCUGCCCCAGGAGAUCAAAGCCAAUGUCUCCAAGGCCGAGGCGGAGAAGAUCAAGGCAGCCCUGGAGGCGGUGGGCGGCACCGUGGUUCUAGAAUAGGCCAGCUCUGAGGACUGGUGGACUGGGGUCCCUGGGACCUGACCUGGGGGAGGCCCCCUCCUGCUCCAGCCCUGGCAUCCGGGACCCAUGGUGGGAGCGGCUUCAGGGCAGAGCUCUGGCACUGGCUCUGCCAUCUCUGCUCCGGGACAGACAAGGGACCUGCUGAGACGGGGGGGGGGCAGCUCCUGUGUGAGCACCGGGGAGAUGAACU